AUCAGGCGCCGCGGCGACUUCCGGAGGGCGGUUUCCGGUGAGGCUGCGCGGCGGGCCGGGGGCGGGGACUAGGGAGGCUCCGGGCCUGCUGCGUUCCGGGCGCGGAGCGGCGCCGGCGGAGCGGCCGGGAUGGAGGCCGUGCCCCGCAUGCCCAUGAUCUGGCUGGACCUCAAGGAGGCCGGGGAGUUCGGCUUCAACCAGGCCGUGAAGAAGUUUGUUCUGAAGAACUAUGGCGAGAAUCCCGAGAGCUACAAUGAAGAGCUGAAGAAACUUGAAGUGCUCCGGCAGAACGCCGUGAGCGUGCCCAGGGACUUUGAGGGCUGCAGCAUCCUGCGGAAGUACUUUGGCCAGCUUCACUACCUGCAGAGCCGCGUCCCCAUGGGCGCGGAGCACGAGGCAGCUGUCCCCGUCACGUGGACGGAGAUCUUCUCUGGCAAGGCGGUUACCCACGAGGACAUCAAGUAUGAGCAGGCGUGCAUCCUCUAUAACCUCGGGGCGUUGCAUUCCAUGCUGGGCGCCAUGGACAAGAGAGUCUCCGAGGAGGGUAUGAAGGUUUCCUGCACCCAUUUCCAGUGCGCGGCCGGGGCUUUCACCUACCUGCGGGAUCACUUCCCUCACUCGUACAGCGUGGACAUGAGUCACCAGAUCCUUAACCUCAACAUCAACCUCAUGCUGGCCGGUUGGAGUGGGAGCCACCCUUGGACAGAGCUGGAUAAAGACGGAGUUGUCCCAGUACCUUGGCACGUGCAGAUUGGCCAAGCUCAGGAGUGUCUCUUGGAGAAGUCGAUGCUGGACAACAGGAAGAGUUUCCUCGUGGCCAGGAUCAGCGCCCAGGUAGUGGACUACUACAAAGAGGCCUGCCGGGCUUUGGAGAACUCGGACACAGCCUCGCUGCUGGGGAAGAUUCAGAAGGACUGGAAGAAGCUGGUGCAGAUGAAGAUCUACUAUUUUGCUGCUAUCGCUCAUUUGCAUAUGGGAAAACAAGCUGAGGAGCAGCAGAAGUUUGGAGAACGAGUUGUCUACUUCCAGAGCGCUCUGGACAAACUCAACGAAGCUAUCAAACUGGCAAAGGGUCAGCCUGAAACGGUGCAGGAAGCCCUGCGAUUCACCCUGGAUGUGAUCGGGGGAAAGUACAAUUCGGCCAAGAAGGACAAUGACUUCAUCUACCACGAAGCUGUCCCUGCGCUGGACACCCUGCAGUCAGUGAAAGGUGCCACCCUGGUGAAGGCCCUUCCCGUCAACCCCACCGAUCCAGCGGUCACGGGCCCAGAUAUCUUUGCCAAGCUGGUGCCAAUGGCCGCCCAUGAGGCAUCUUCGCUGUACAGUGAGGAGAAGGCCAAGCUGCUGAGAGAAGUGAUGGCGAAGAUCGAGGCCAAGAACGAAGUCCUGGACCAGUUCAUGGACUCCAUGCAGCUGGACCCCGAGACGGUGGAUAACCUGGACAUGUACAACCACAUCCCCCCGAUCCUGAUGGAGAAAUGCGCCGCGCUCAGCGUGCGGCCAGACACUGUGAAGAACCUGGUUCAGUCCAUGCAGGUGCUUUCGGGAGUCUUCACAGACGUGGAGGCCUCUCUGAAAGAGAUCCGAGACCUCCUGGAUGCCGACGAGCUGCAGGACCAGAAGCUGCAGGAGCUGCUUGGCAAGCCGGGUUCUCCUCCCAGCCCUUCCCCGGGGCUGGCUGAGGUCAGCAGAGAGUGGGCCAAGUACAUGGAGGUGCACGAGAAGGCCAGUUUCACCAACACGGAGCUGCACAAAGCCAUGAACCUGCACAUCAGCAACCUGCGCCUGCUGAGCGGCCCCUUGGAGCAGGUGCGGGCUGCCUUGCCCGCGCCGGCCCUGACGGAAGACGACAAGCAGGUGCUGCAGAACUUGAAGCGGAUCCUGUCCAAAGUGCAGGAGAUGAAGGACCAGCGGAUGUCCUUGGAGCAGCAGCUCCGUGAGAUGAUCCAGAAGGAUGACAUCACCACCUCCUUAGUGACGACCGACCGCUCGGAGAUGAGGAAGCUCUUCGAAGAGCAGCUGAAGAAGUACGACCAGAUCAAGGUGUAUCUGGAGCAGAACCUGGCGGCCCAGGAGAACGUCCUGAAGGCCUUGACGGACGCCAAUGUCAAGUAUGCGGCGGUGCGGAAGGUCUUGGCCGAGGUGGAGCACAAGUGGAACACGACGCUGCAGACACUGGUGGCCUCCUACGAAGCCUAUGAAGACCUGAUGAAGAAGUCUCAGGAGGGGAAAGAUUUCUAUGCGGAUCUGGAGAGCAAAGCAGCCAAGCUCCUGGAGAAGGCUCGAGCAGCCUGCCAAGCGUCUGAAGCAAGCCGGCAGCAGGUCCUGGAAAGAGAAAUGAAGAAGAAGCCGCCUCCGAGGCCCACUGCUCCCAAGCCGGCCCUGCAGAAGAAGGCCUCUGAGCGGGACCUGGAGCUUGCGGCCGGCCUGGAUGGAGCAGACCUGCAGCAGCUGGGCUCCCUCUCUCUGGCCGACCUGCCGGAAGAGCUCCGGAGCUUGCCCCCUGACGUGCUGGCAGCGCAUCUCACCAGGCUGCCUGCGGACGCCCUGGCUGCCUUCUCCAUCAACCCGGCCUUCAGCAGUGCUGGCAUGAGGCCCCCAGGCCCGGAGGCCUUCCCGGCUGGCGCCCGGGCAGCCAAUGCUCCGAUACAGCCGCCGAUGGCAGCCCAGCCUGGCGUUCCCUUUAACCCUGCUCAGUUCAGUGCUUCGGCGCCUCUGCCGGGACACUACUUCCCCGCCCGGCUGGCGACCCCCCCGCAAGGUGCCCCUGGGAGCCCUCUGCAAGGCCCCUUCCCCCCACAGACCUACAGCGGGCCCCCGGUGCUGCCGUCCCAGGGGAUGCAGCCCCACAGGCCUCCAAGUUCUGCCCCAUUGCCCAGCCCUCAGCUCUACCCGGCUGGCACCCUGCAGAGAGGCCCUGGGCACCCCAGCCCUGGCCCUGCCCCCAUUCAGCCUGGCUAUGCAGGCCCUCAGGUGCCUCCCCAGAGAUCCUCCCCGCAGCACGUACCCAUGCCUGGCUCUGCUCCAGCUCCCAUCACCCCCAGUGCCACCUACAGGAUGGGGCAGCCGGUCUCCUCCUGCGGGACUCUGCCAGGCGGCUUCCCCACAGCCAUGGCCCCGCCCCAGCCCCCCCGGUUCAGUGGCCAGGCCCCAGGAGGGAGCGACGGCCCUCCUCACCCCCUUGGGGUCCGCCCGGCCACCACAACCGUCGACAGCAUCCAGGCGCCCAUUUCCAGCUACACCGCACCCAGGGCCAUGGGCGGGCACAUGCCCCCGCGGCUCACCAGCCAGCCGCCAGGGCUCCCUCCUCAGGGCGGCUUCCUGGGCCCGCCUGCACAGUUCCCCUAUGGCCAAGGCGGCGUCCAGCCGUUCGGCCAGCAGCCCCCGUUCCCAGCGGGGCCGCCCGCUCCCAGCUUCCCCCAGCAGCAGUACCCACCUCAGGCCCAGCUCCAGCCGCUGCCCGUGUACCGGCCGCAGGCCCAGUUCCCUGGCCAGCGUUCGGGGCUGGCCCAUGCUUCUCCCAGCCAUGCCCAGAUUCAUGCCCAGCUGAGAACACAGCUCUACCCGCUUCCUUCCCAGGACAGCGCCCCUCACUCCUUCCCUGCAGCGAUGCCCCGCGGGCCUCCCCCGCUGGCUCAGAGCCUCCCAGGCGCUAUGGUGGCCCCGGCUCAGCAGCUCCACCCUCACCCCUCGCUUGCCGGCCUGCAGCCCAUGCCAGCCGGCUCCUCCGCCCAAGUGGUCUCUGCGAUGCCCUAUUGUCCCGCCCCUUCUGCCUGCCAUCCGGGGCCCCCUACGAACCAGCUGCCGCCUGGCUCUGCCGUGCCACUGGCUGGUCCCCAGCCCCCAGCUUCAAGUCAGUCCGGCCCUCACCAUGUCCCGCCUUCCCCCAGUCCCGCUCUGAGCCAGAUGCCAGGCGGCGUUAUCGUCCCGGGUCCUGCCAUCCCUUCACCAGCACCAUCCCCCCAGCCAUCCCUGGCUAUCCAGCCUCCAGCCAUCUUGCCUUCCUCAGUGCCCGGCGCCCCUGCCCUGCCACAGCGACCCCCCCCCUCGCUCACCCCCGGCGCAGCCCCGCUGGCCCAGGGCCCUGCCGAGCUCCAGUUCCACCGGCAGAGCUCUUCCACGGACGAUCUGCUUUCUUCAAGCCCUGAGAGCCAGCAUGGGGGCUCCAAGACGGCGGUGAACCAGCCGCUGCUGCAGCCCACCAAGGCAGACGCCAAGGAGGGCCAGAAACCCAAGGCGGUUCAGCUGAUUGAGAACGACCCGUACGAGAAGCCCGAGCACAUCAUGAGGCUGCUCUCCGAGCUGGAUCGGUUCCGGGGCGUGGUGGCCAGUCUGGAGAGGCCCGUCCCCAGGAGCGUCCCCGAGCUGGACGGAAUCUGGAAGGAGCUCCAGGAUGCCCAGGAGAGGGAUGCCCGGCAGCUGUCCAUCGCCAUCGCCCGCUGCUACUCCAUGAAAAACCGCCACCAGGACAUCAUGCCCUACGACAAGAACCGCAUCGUUCUGCAGUCGGGCAAGGACGACUACAUCAAUGCCAGCAAGAUAGAGGACCUGUCCUCCUACUGCCCCACCAUCAUCGCCACCCAGGCCCCGCUGGUGGGGACAGCCUCCGACUUCUGGCUGAUGAUCUACGAGCAGAAGGUCUCCCUCAUAGUCAUGCUGGUCUCGGAGCAGGAAAUAGAGAAGCAGAAGGUGGCGCGCUACUUCCCGCAGGAGCGGGGCCAGCCCAUGGUGCAGGGCCCCAUCACCUUGAUCCUCACCAGCCUGAAGGGGGCCCCGACGCACGUGGAGAGGAUGAUCACCCUGCAGUUCCGCGACCAGAGCCUGAAGCGCACUGUCAUCCACCUGCAGUUCACGGCCUGGCCUGAGCUGGGCCUGCCCGACAGCAAGGGGAACCUGCUGCGCUUCAUCCAGGAAGUACACGGGCACUACCUGCACCAGCGCCCCCUGCACACCCCCAUCGUGGUGCACUGCAGCUCUGGGGUGGGGCGCACCGGCGCCUUCUGCGUGAUGUACGCAGCAAUGCAGGAGGUGGAGGCCGGGAACAGCAUCCCUGACCUGGCCCAGCUGGUGAAGCGGAUGCGGCAGCAGAGGAAGCACAUGCUGCAGGAGAAGCUGCACCUCAAGUUCUGCUAUGAAGCCGUCCUCAAGCACGCCGAGCAGGUGCUGCAGAGACACGGGGUCACCACGCCGGCUUCCAGCAAGCCCCCCAGCAGCGCUGCCCAGAAGCUGUACUUGCAUCAGGACCCGCAGGACCUGGUGCUGGGUGGGGACAUGCCCAUCAGCUCCAUCCAGGCCACCAUUGCCAAGCUGAGUAUCAAGCCCCCCGGGGGCGGCCUGGAGCCUCCCUCAAACUGGCAGCUGCCCGAGCCAGCAGCAGUGCCCGAAGCCGCGAGCCCAGGGGCGGAUCCUGCAGCACCCGCCAGCGUCGCCCAGCCCAGCCUGCCGGAGCACGUGCCCCCCACCAGUGCCGAGCUGCCCCCCGCCUCCACCGUGCCUGGGCCACCGCCCGAAGCCGAGAGCAGCAACCAUGUGGAGGAGAGACCCAGCCGGGAGCCGUCAGCCACAAGCCUCGCUCCUUCCUCCUCCUCGCUGGAGCUCCUGGCGUCGCUGACUCCUGAGGCCUUCUCCUUGGACAGCUCCCUGCGGGGCAAGCCGCGGAUGAACAAGCAGAGCUUCCUGCAGCCCCAGAACGGGGAGGGGCUGCGGGGGCCCCGGCCCAGCGACGACCCCCUCAGCAUGCUGGACCCGCUGUGGACACUCAAUAAAACCUGAGCCGGGAGGAUGGGCCUGGCCCGGCUCAGCUCUGGGGACAUGGGCACGCACAGCCCCUCCCUGGCCGAGCCCCCACGGCCCCUGGGGAGCCCCCCAGCCUGCUGGCUGGCACCUGGGGUGUUGGAGCACAGCCUCUAGGCUGCAGGGAGGGGUGAGAAAUGCACACACAGCACUACAGGCCGGUGCCCCCUACGGCAUGGAGAGCCAGCCCCAGCCCCAGCCAGGGCUGCUGCGUCCCAGAGCACCUCCUGGGGGAGGCCUGGCCUUGGUGCAGCAGCGGAGGCCCCUGUCCCUUCUUUAGUUCCCGCCUUGGGCCAGGAGCCAGCCCUGCAGUGCCCCCUGCUCCCAUUCACAGACCCCCAGGGGCUGGAGCGCUGCUCCAUGCUGCGCCCCGGUGGCUCUCCAGGCAGGACCCCUGGGCUCGGAGACAUCGCUGAGGGAUACUGGCCGAGAGCCCCCUGCUGGGACCCGGGGGUCCUGGCACAGCCCUUGCAGGGAGGGCGAGUGAUAUGGGGGGGUCCCAGGUGCAGUGAGGCUUGUCCCAGCCUG